AUGAUUUACUGGACCACUCUUGUCCUGGGCUUGCUCCUACAGCUGCUGUCUGUCAGCGCUGGCACAACGCUCGCCACAACCACCACAUCCUCAUCAAAAUAUGAGCCAACCCAACCAGGUAUACCAUCCAACUGUGACAAGUUCCAUCUCGUCGCGGCCGGGGAUCAGUGCGGUACCAUCGAGGCCAAGUACGGCAUCACCGACGCCCAAUUCAAAGCCUGGAAUCCUACUAUAAACUCUGGAUGCACCAACCUCUGGCUAGACUACUACGUCUGCGUCCACGUCCCGGAUGACACAACGACGACAACAACGAGUAAAACACCCGGUCCCACGGACACUGCUCCCGAGCCGCGGAUGCCCGGCAUCGUGAGUAACUGUAAGAAAUAUUACCUGGUCAAGAAAGGUGACGACUGUUACUCUAUCGAUACUGCCGCGGGUAUUACGCUCGCUCAGUUCCGCUCGUGGAAUACGAUGAUUGAUGCGGCCUGUACCAAUUUGUGGGUGGAUUAUUACGUCUGCAUAGGUGUUUAG